CAACAGUGAUUAGCUCCUACCCAUCGCACCAGGGCUGGGAGGGGAUUGUGUGUCUCUCACCUGACUUCCUCCUCCACCGCGAGCCGGGGGGGGGGGGGUGACACGAGACACGCGCGCACACAAACCACUCUCACCAACAGCCCCAAAAACAAGGGCAAGCAGAAGGGGGGGGGGGAGAGCGAGCGCCAGACGCACACCCGGCUCCCGCGGCGGCGGCGGCGGCGGCUCCCGCUCUACGCCGGCGCUCAGCCUCCCCCCUCCCCAGCCCCGCUCUGCUGCUGCUGCUGCUGCUGCUGCCGCCGCGCACCCGGGGAAAGCAGCAGCUGCCGCGGCGGCGGCGGCGGCUCGGCUCCGGCACAGGCGCGCAGCAGCGUCCGCCAGGGGGAGAGAGGCGGCGAGACACGGCGCACGGGUGCAGCCGAGCCACCCCCGGCCGAGGCUCGCCCGCUGAAGCCGGCGCCCGGCGUCCUUCCCCGCCCAAGGGCUCCGCCACAGAGAGGGAGCCGGGCACACGCUGGCCCCGCGUUGGUACCUUGCUGCCCUGCCGUCCGCCCGGGCUCCUCCUGCGCAGCCUGCUUCCCCCCCCCCCCUCCGCCUCCUCCGCGUCUCCUUCCUCCAGGCGCCCGCUCCCGAUGGGUGAACAGACAACUUGAACUUCAGCGCGAUUAACUUCGCCGCCGCCGCCGCCGCCUGGGAAGCUGAAGGUGUCGCCCGCUGCGCUCUCGUGAGACGCGUCGGAUGGUCCGGGGCUGCCGGGGAAGGGCUCCGGGCAGCAGCAGGGAGGCUGCGUCCCUCCUAGGCUCGGGCUGCAAAAAGCCGGCUGGCCUCGGUGGUGGUGGUGGUAUUAAAAUGAGGAGGAGGAAGAAGAAGCCGCCGCCGCCGCGGCGGCAGCAGCAGAAAGCGCUGGAGGAGAGGAGGCUCUGAGCAGGGGACGGCGGCGGCAGCAGCAGGAGGAGGAGGAGGAGGAGUGAUGAGUCAACUAAUAAUUUAAUGGGGACAGAAACACGGGGGGGGGGAGGAAAGCAAAGCGAAGCAGCUUCGUCCGGGGACAGACACACACACACACACACACACACACGUAACAUCCAGCCACAGCCACCAAACCGGCCUAAAUAAAUAGCCAGCCAGCCGGCCCGGGGGAAACAAGCAUCAAAGCCAGGAUUUUUUGAUUUUUUUUUUUUCUUUGCAACCUUUGUUUUUCCAAUUUUUCCUUUGCCAUUUGCAGUAACUCUCCGUGGAGUUGUCUGGGUUUUUUUUUUUUUUUAAUCACUCUUUUUUGUUCAUUUUUAUUUUGAAGUAAUCACACACACACACCCGUUGGUGGACUCGGUGGGAGUGAAAUCUCUCUACUUUUGGUGGUGGUGGUGCUGUCUUGUUGUGUGUGCGUGUCCUUCCUCCUCCUCCUCUUUCUCUCACAACAGCCCCGGGUAAAUGAGAAGAGACAGGUCCUCUCUCUCUAUUUUGUUGUGCGUUUUCUUUUAACGGACCGGGAAGGCGAAAUUAAAAGUGGCAUUUUAGUGCCUUUUCCUGCUGUUUUCUCGACACUCCCCCCUACCCCCACUACAAAUUCAUACAGAAAGUUUGGGGGCUGUUAGUGGUUUGGGGGGAGAGGAGCAGAUUGAUUUUUGUGUGCGCACGGUUCUUCUGUAUGCUUGUUGGAGAAUAAUAGUUGACAGCCUAGAAGUAGACUUCCUGCUCUGCACCCUGGAUAGAAAAGCUUCCUCUCUUUCCACCCCCCCCCCACUUGCUCUUGUCCGCAUUGAUAUUAUUUUUGAAAGAAUAGCUAGACUCAAGUCACCCCCUCCAUUUAAAUCUACUACUUUCGUUUUUCAAAUUUAUUUUUAGCAUUACACUUACCUGUUCAAUUUUGAGCUUAACUUCCUUCUUCCCUUUCCAAACCUUGAAAACUGCUUUCCUAAAAGAUAUUUAAUAUUUUUGUCCGUUGCCGGUUUUGCUAAUGGCUACUCUGUUUCUCGCCAUUUAUUUUUGCCCCUCCCCUGCAUAGAGGAAAAUAACAAAACAAAACCAAAAAAAAAAAAAAAGGAAAAUAAUAGAAUUUCAGGGGAAGUAGCCUUCAGGGCUGCUGGCUUUUGGAGGGGAGGGGAGUGUAGGUGGUUUUUGUUUUGUUUUGUUUGGGGGGGGGGUUGGUGUGUUUUGUUUUGUUUUAAGGACCCAGGCAACAUCAGUCUUGAACUUCUUCCUCUUCAAAAGCUCGGGCUGGAAAGGAAACCUUCUUUUGUUUUUGUUGUUUAUAUGCUGUCAAGUUUUGAAGUGGUGAUCUUUAGAGGCGGGACUGAGUAUGGAUCAUUUGAACGAGGCAACUCAGGGGAAAGAACAUUCAGAAAUGUCUAACAAUGUAAGCGAUCCGAAGGGUCCACCAGCCAAAAUUGCGCGCUUGGAACAGAAUGGGAGCCCAUUAGGAAGAGGAAGACUUGGAAGUACAGGAACUAAAAUGCAAGGAGUACCUUUAAAACACUCUGGACACCUGAUGAAAACAAAUAUUAGAAAAGGAACUAUGCUUCCAGUUUUUUGUGUAGUGGAACAUUAUGAAAAUUCCAUUGAGUAUGACUGUAAGGAGGAGCAUGCAGAAUUUGUGUUGGUAAGGAAGGACAUGCUAUUCAACCAACUGAUUGAAAUGGCAUUGCUAUCACUUGGAUAUUCUCAUAGCUCUGCUGCCCAAGCAAAAGGGCUAAUCCAGGUUGGGAAGUGGAAUCCAGUUCCACUCUCCUAUGUGACAGAUGCCCCUGAUGCUACAGUAGCAGACAUGCUGCAAGAUGUGUAUCAUGUGGUCACACUGAAAAUCCAGUUACACAGUUGUCCUAAACUAGAAGACUUGCCUCCUGAACAGUGGUCUCACACAACAGUAAGAAAUGCUCUCAAGGACUUACUGAAGGAUAUGAACCAGAGUUCAUUGGCCAAGGAAUGUCCCCUUUCACAGGAGCUUAAAGUAAUUUCUGAGAUCUCAGUCUGCACUCAGUCUAUGUUGUUUGAGAUUUCUACCACUAUUAUUUUAUUGAUCCGAGCAGCUUCCUUACUGUCCUCCACUGUUGAAAGUGUGAAAGCUGUGGCCAGAUCAUGGAGUAUGAUUUCUUCCAUUGUGAACAGCACUUACUAUGCAAAUGUCUCAGCAGCAAAAUGUCAGGAAUUUGGAAGGUGGUAUAAACAUUUCAAGAAGGCAAAAGAUAUGAUGGUUGAAAUGGAUAGUCUUUCUGAACUAUCCCAACAAGGUGCCAACCAUGUCAACUUCGGUCAGCAACCAGUCCCAGGGAACACAGCUGAACAGCCUCCAUCCCCUGUUCAGCUUUCUCAUAGCAGUCAGCCAUCUGUUCGGACCCCACUCCCAAACCUGCACCCUGGACUUGUAUCAACUCCUAUUAGCCCUCAGUUGGUAAAUCAGCAGCUGGUAAUGGCCCAGUUGCUGAACCAGCAGUAUGCAGUGAACAGACUUCUAGCCCAGCAGUCCUUAAACCAACAGUACUUGAACCACCCUCCUCCCGUCAGUAGAUCCAUGAACAAGCCGUUGGAGCAGCAGGUGUCAACCAACACAGAGGUGUCUUCCGAAAUCUACCAGUGGGUGCGUGAUGAAUUGAAACGAGCAGGAAUUUCACAGGCAGUAUUUGCACGUGUGGCUUUUAACAGAACUCAGAUUGAACUGAUGCUUCAGUGCAGUCUUUGUCUACCUGGCAAGAGAACUACACAGUCUAGUGCUGCUGUACUAUGUGGAUUUCAUUUAUUCUUAACUUCUUGCAAUUGUCUGACUGUGAAAGAUUUCAUGGGCUUGCUCUCAGAAAUCCUCCGAAAGGAAGAGGACCCCAAGACCGCCUCACAGUCUUUACUGGUAAACCUUCGGGCUAUGCAGAACUUCUUGCAGCUGCCAGAAGCCGAACGAGAUCGAAUUUACCAGGACGAAAGGGAAAGGAGCUUGAAUGCAGCCUCUGCUAUGGGCCCAGCACCUCUAAUAAGCACACCGCCUAGCCGUCCUCCACAGGUAAAAACAGCUACUGUUGCAACGGAGAGGAAUGGAAAACCAGAAAAUAAUACCAUGAACAUUAAUGCUUCCAUAUAUGAUGAGAUUCAGCAGGAAAUGAAGAGAGCUAAAGUGUCUCAAGCAUUAUUUGCAAAGGUUGCAGCAACCAAAAGCCAGAUUUACCAAACAAAGAAGUUUAGUUGCUCUUUACUGAAUUCCUUUCCUUCUAGACUGGUUAUGUUUGGCACAGUCAAAAAUAAGGGGUGGCUUUGUGAACUGUUACGUUGGAAGGAAGAUCCCUCACCAGAAAACAGGACUCUAUGGGAGAAUCUUUCAAUGAUCCGAAGGUUCCUCAGUCUUCCUCAGCCUGAACGAGAUGCCAUUUAUGAACAAGAAAGCAAUGCAGUUCAUCACCAUGGUGACAGACCUUCCCACAUUAUCCAUGUUCCAGCAGAGCAGAUUCAGAGCCCCUCUCCUACCACCCUUGUGAGAGGAGAGCAUAGAGGCGCUUUCUUACCAGGCCUGCUGACCACUGGACCUUGGUUGGGUGCUGCUCCUCAGCAGCAGCAGCAACAGCAGCAGCAACAGCAGCCAGGUCCCAGACUACCACCAAGGCAACCAACAGUGGCAUCACCAGCUGAAUCUGAGGAUGAAAAUCGUCAGAAACCCCGACCACGAACAAAGAUUUCUGUUGAAGCCCUGGGAAUCCUACAGAGCUUCAUACAAGAUGUAGGCCUAUAUCCAGACGAAGAAGCAAUCCAGACUCUCUCGGCUCAGCUUGACCUACCCAAGUACACCAUCAUCAAGUUCUUUCAGAACCAGCGAUAUUAUCUCAAGCACCAUGGGAAGCUGAAGGACAAUUCCGGGUUGGAGGUGGAUGUUGCAGAAUACAAGGAGGAAGAGUUGCUUAAGGAUUUAGAAGAUAGCAUCCAAGACAAAAAUGCAAACACACUUUUUUCAGUGAAAUUAGAAGAAGAAUUAUCAGUAGAAGGGAACACAGAGAUUAAUGCUGAAUUGAAAGACUGAUCUAAAAAGUAUUAUUUUCAUUCAACAGUGCCACUGGUAUUUAAUAAUGAAACGAAAAUUCCAUCUUGCAUUGUGUCAGAAACCUCUCUUAUUCAUUGUUUGGUCAAUGAAUCUUCCAAAACUUGCACAAAAGUUGGGGGGAAAAAAAAGAAUAAUGCAGACUGCACUAGAUGUUUUACUCUGUUUUACAAACUGCUUUGCAGCUACAGAUGAAGCGUUGAGGAUUGUUUGAUAUUAAUUUGUGUUCACUGGCUACACUGUGGUGUACCCAAUAAGCAUGAUACCAGUGAUUUUGAUUCCGGAGCCUUCAGACAAGCAUUACAACUUUUGUGAUUUGAUUUUUUUUUAAUUAUUACUGUAACACUCCACACUUGGUCUUUGGAAACUCACGUUUAUUUAAAAAAAAGAAAAGAGUUUGUUACUCUUAAUCUAUUGUAUGUUACAAAAGAACUAUAGACUGUGGAAUGCAGUUUAAAGAUAACAUAUGCCAACAAAUGCCUUGUAUUAUAUGGCACUGCCGUAAUUCAGAUUUGUUUUUGUUUUGGAAAUAAAGGUCACUGUAUUUUUUUUCUAUUCUCAUUGUUAUAUGAUUUUAAAAAAAUGAAAAAAUGUGAAACACAAUUUAGUCCUCAUUAUUUAUUUGUAGAUCCUGCAGCGUCAUGUUGUAAUUAAUUUUUUGGGAAGUUUCCGUUAAAUGUAAUAUUGCUUCUCUUGUUAUCAUACUGAUUUUUUUUCUAUUUAUAAAUGUAUUUUGAUGGGCAGUAAAACAAAGUGUCUUAAAAGUUUUAAAUAGAGAAAAUGUGCUUUACACAGUUGCCUAUAAAAAGUGCUCUAUGUUAUUCAAGCAAUUCAUACUAUAAGCUUCACUCUUAUUGUUGUAUGCAAUUUUUACUAUCAUGCAAAUAAGCUUAGGUAAAUAAAACUAAUAGAUCACCUUAGAAACUUAUGCAAUUAAUGUGAAAAUAAUUGAUGUUUGCAAUGUGUCUUCCUUUGGUUUACAAUCAAUUUUAAAGCUAUAGCUGUAUAAAUUUUCUGUAUAAAGGUGUAUUUCUUUUUUAUGAGUUUAUUGCUAUGAAAACACCAGUUAUUUUGUUACAGCUGGCUGUUUUUAUAAGUGUAUCACAAUUUUCUUCAUGCAGAAAUGUUCUGACUAGGAGUGGUUAUUGACUGUAACUACACAAUUAAAAUUGUUUGUAUGGUAUGAUA